CUCUAGUUUCGGUGAGCUUAUUACGGAUCCAUACUAUCUUUCUGUUUCACAUUUGAUACUAGUACAGGAUACAUUUACAUUUUGCCGGUAAUCUUUAAUAUUUCGAGUUUUGCAAAUUUUGCUUUUCAUCACCUCAGUGUAGAAAUGAUAAAAAGUGUUCUAAUGGCCUCACACGGGAACGUUUUUUCUCGCCAAUGAGCAAGGGUGCGUUUCAUUUUGGAAAAAGAAAACAGAACGCGGUCGCUCCCAUCAUUGGAAAGAGGCAAAGGAAGCGCUGCGCGACCCGCUCUCGCAUCUUUCCGAGCUGCGCAUCUCUUAAUCUGGAUGUGUAGGUAACGACCGAAUUGCCUUACACUUCUGGCUAUUUUGCAACGACGUCGUGCGAGUCCAUUUCGGCCGUCUUCCGCCUGCUUGUGUAGAACUGUUUGCUCUUCAUCUGCAUCAUGUCGAUUCUCUCCCCGGCUGAUCUGCGGAAGAUGAUCUUCGAAUGGGUCUGCAAAAUAUGGAUCAGGAAACUUUUCUCCCUUGUGCUUGUCUAUCUUGAAAUAGGAGCGCUAGAAAGGAGACUAGACCCGACGUGGGCACUUUCGGGGUCGCAUGCCCUCCUGAAGAACGCAGCCAUUGAUUUCGCCGUUCGUUGAAGAAGAAGAACGUUGCGCGCCGUUCUCGUUCUUGCAAAUCUAUGCAUGUUGCUCUCGUUGUUCUCUAGAAACAGAAAACAGACUGAUGUAAAAAACCAGAGGGAAGGGAUAGGGAAGUUUUUUCUUUCCAGGCACUGCUGCUGAUAUCAUUCACACCUCACGAGUACCGCCAAGAUCGGAUCGAAAACGUACUUUCAACUGCCUAUUUUCAUUUCUACACAUCUUGCAUUCGUUUUUGUAAAGGCCAAUUUGUUUAUUGGGUAAAUGGAAUUGCUCGAGUAAAACUAAAACCACCGGUAGAGGAUUUUCAGUUUUGUCAUCGUACUGCAUUGAUUUUGUGUACUCAUUUUCGCAGGCGGCAAGCGGAGUACCUCGUUUCAGUUGGUUACGCACGAAGAGAGUAAUUGUCGAAGCGUUUUGGGACCGCGGGCGCAGGACUUUUUUGAGAACGGCCUACGGCAAGUACUUGUGUUUGAUGUAUUCGAGGCGGAGCAGGUGAUAUCCAGGAAAAAAACUGAGUGAGUAUAACGCUUUUAGGAAAACAGCAACAGAGAUUAGACAGCUAAAACUAACUUGUCAUGCGCAGGUAGUGUGCGAAAGCUAAUUUGUGAAACGAGCCUAUGACGCAUGGCGACGAUGACAAGCGCAACUGUCUUGUUGUUUAUAUUUACACAGUUUUUUUCUUGCAUAGGUGGGGACUGUGCGGCGGACCAGCUCCACCUUGAGUCACCGGUCUAUGGCGGCCAGCCAGCAGAGCAGCACGCUCCCGUCCCCGGACGACUGCGAGACUGUAAACACGAACUGCAGCCCCGAGGACGUCAGUGUGAGUCCAGGAGGAAGCUUGUUGCUCAAUCGCCAACAGUCGUUGACCGGGAACUACACGACUACCGGAGGGGGUGACCGGUCAGGCAUCGUACUCGCACCGCAGAGAAUUGGGGGGGACCGGGACCGGGACCGCCCUGCUGCUGCGGAAUUGCGGCCACCCGUGCAGCAGCAGCACGCGGGCACAACUACAAGUGCGAUCCGAGUUGUUGGCGGCGCGGAACAAGCGGAUGCAGCCGCAGGCGGGCGCAAUUCCCAUGCCGGUGUUUUAGUCGGAGGAGCUCCACCCGGAAGCAGUGCCGCAUCGUCCUCUUCCUCAGCCGGACUCGUCGCGACUGGAGCUUCUUCCAGCGCCGCAGCCACAGCGCCAACCGCAUUGCAGCAAGCGAGCCCGCGACCUCUGAUGGGGUCGGCGCGAUCGGUUCGCAGCACCGCAACAACCACGACGAGCGGAGGCGGUCGGCCGGGCCGCCGACUCACCGCCUCGUGGGACGACGCCGAAGAUGUUGUCUCCCUGUGCGAUCCACCGCAAACGCAGGAUAUAGCUACCAAACAGGCUGUCCCAACCGAUCUCGUGAGGUCCCGGGCAGGAAAGGCGGAGGGUGAGUUUAUUCCAUCUUAAUCUUUUUCGUCUCCUGAAGAUGUUGCCUUGAGCACUUACUGCCUGCUCAACAAUCAAUCUCAGCUUUGCUUUCAUCCCCCUGAUUUAUUCGCUGACCGCGAAUUAGUUAGUUUGCGUAUUCCCGCCAAGCACAGAGUUUCUACUGUUUGAAUUUUCUCAGAUGACGGCACCGCAAUGCUUGUUUCAACGACCGGCGUGGCAGGGUCAAGUUUGUCACUGCGUGACUCCCCCGGAAUUGAGUCCCAGACCCGCAGCGGCGGAGCGACGGACUUGAGCACCCAAGCGUCUACCGUGCUGGCAGAGGACACGCCUUUUCUCACGCGCGCGGACACUGCGUCCUUGCCGAAGACGACGAGUGGAGGAUCUUUGAGCAGUCAGCCAACAAAUGGACGGAAGGGUGCGCGGCCGCCGCGCAACGGGGAAUUGCCGGCACUCCCACUGCAUUUGGAUAUGUCGGGAAGCGCGCGCACGCAGGGCAGCAGCACGCGCACACCAGUGGAGGAGGAGGCGCGCAUCGACAUGCAAGCCAGUUGGGGCGCGCACUCGAACGCGUCCUCGCGAGCGUCUGAAAGCACCCGUCGGCCGCGUCGACGCGUGGUCGAGCGUUGGGUGUGCGGCUUCGGACAGGGGGGUCCCGUGCGGAGCGUCACCGCCGGCGUUGCGCCUGGACAACGCGGGAUGUCGUCCAGCCAAAGCAUGAUGUCGUCGUCGCGGUAUAAUAGCGGCUCUCGGUCAGCGCAGGACCACUACGACGCCGGAACGCCGGCCGCAAGCAGGGCGACCACGACCACCGGUGCCUCGCCGCGCGGUAGUGUCGUAGCCGGAACCCCUGGGACAACAUCUUCCACAGCUGGCCUCUCCUCGCUCAGUGGCAGUACGAGCGGAACAAGUGGGCAGCAGCAACCGAGUGGUCUCACGCUGCGUCGACUGGACGAACGAGUGAUGCGGAAGUUGAGUACGGCGUGCCGCUCGCUGCUGGUGCUCACCCGCGUGCUUCCCAGCUACAACAUGGCGCGCAAGAAGGUGCCACUCUACAUGCACAUCUACUUCGCGGACCCCAACGUGGUCCUGUCCCCGGUGCCGGAGGAGCUCCUGCAAGUACCCAGCUCCAUCGGCACGCUGACAUUCUCGUUGGCGCGGGGACGACAGAGCUCCGUCACCCGCCGGAUGCAGGCGACUACGCCUCUCAUCGUCCGCAACUCGCAACUCUACAACCAGGUGGGAAACAAAAUUUCUGUCAGUGAAGGCUACGUUUUGGACCAAAUCUCCCAUGACGGCCUCACCGAAGCGACGGAUGUAUAAACAUAAAAGUUCGGUUUUUUUCUUGUGUUGAUUACUAGUAACCUCAUCCAGGGCCGCUGCUCCUGCUGACGUAGAAGGUUCAUCUCGUUUCUUUCGAUUAUGUUUCGUCUGAUCUAGAGCACAAACACUAAAUACAAAAAUGCGAACAGUUGUUCAGCGAGCGCUCAAAGGAUUUCCGCCCUCCCAGUCGGCGGAACUCGCAGAUGCAGUACCAACAUCCUGGUACUAUGUCUACUAGUGGUCUCCUCGGUGAAAGCAGCAACGCUGGUUCUGCAUCAGCCCACGGGCCGCGGGCCGGCAGCGCGGCUGCCUCGUCGUCGACGUCUGGUGAGCGCGACGAAGUGAAGAUGGGUUUGUACGGGCUCGAAGGUGAGUCGUCUAGCAGUUCGUUGGGCGGGGACAACAAGUUUGUUCGCGAUGGGCUGCAAGCUAGCAGCGGGGGAUCGUCGUCGGUCAUGUCGGAGAACAUUCUUGUGGUGGAACAAGAUCAGGACGAGGACUCGCGGAGGUCGCGUGGAUCGGGAGCGGUGGAAAUGGAGAUGCGCGGACUCGACGAACUGUCUCCUGCAACGGAGACGCCGCCGGUGCUGGUCUAUGGCGAUACCAUUCUUGAAUCGUCCGCAAAACGAUCGCCGAACCCCUCUGCAGAAGAGCACGAUCUGAAUGGGAGCCCGCCCGACCACGGCGGGAGGACUUCGUCUACGUCGCGGCGGGACAGUGGGCUGCGCGAUCCAGCCUCAGACGGAAGGUCUCGCGGCGAGCCGCCGCUCGCCAGCGCCGCGGAAGAACUGGGACGAGGCAAGAAUGCCUUUCGAAUGCAAGAACUUCUGCAAUCCCCCCCUGAUGUGGGAACAAAAACAGCGGCUAGUAGAGAAAAAGCUACUUCCUCCUCGUUAUCUUCUUCAUCGCAGCCGGAAGAUAGUAGAACAGCGGGAAGAAGAAGCACUACACACCAAUCGCCACCGCAGCUGCCUCCGGGCAUGCUAGCGAACAGCAGUCUCGAUGUUCUUUCCCCCGAACAUCAAGACGGGAGGUACGACGCGAGUCCGCUGCUGCGCGAGCUGAAUCCGUUUCUGCCACGGGUCAACUCGGAGGAGCAGCAGGACCAGGUGCAGGACGCAGAAACGCAGGCCUUGAUGGAAGCUUUUGUGAUUUCCGCGCGCGCGCUGCAGCUCGAUGACCUGUUCGGCCGCUACGAGGACGCCUAUCUCACGCAAGACGAGCUCAGCCGUCGUCUCGCCUACUACAGUCAGCGAUCGGGGUCGUGA